CAAUAAAGAAAUAAAAGGCAUGGCCUUUUGGCCCUUUUCCAUUUCCCCAUUUCUCUCCCUCUUCUUCUUCUUCUUCUUCUUCUUCUUCUUCUUCUUCUUCCAAUCCAAAGAAAACAUAUAAAUAUUGCAAAAGUUGAAAGGUGGGCAGACACUAAAAGUAGCAUUCCAACGAGCAAAUACCCCAUUUUCAGUCCUCUCCCCCCAAAAAAAAGAGAGAGAAAAACAGAGCUUUAGAGAGAGAGAGAGAGAGAGAGAGAGAGAGAGAGAGAGAGAGAGAGAGAGAGAUUUUUCUUGGAAGAAUUCAGCAUGUAGCUGAGGAAGAAGCUGGGAACUAGCGGGGGAGAGAGACCCAUAUCUCUGAUUUUUCUUCUUCCUUUUCCUUUUGCUUGUUUGUUUCAGCUUUCUGGAAGGGCGGCUUUUGAAGGUCUUUCACACGGCUGAUUUUGGGGAAACUCUUGAUGCAAGUUAGAUGGGAAAGAAGGGCAGGUGGUUUUCUGUUCUAAAGAGGUUUUUCACUUGUCAUUCAGGAGAGAAGGAUGAUAGGAGAAAUGAAAGGAAGGGAAAUGGGAAAGGAGAGUCUACUUCUUCCUUCAUUCCGAUCUUUAGAAAGCCGAGCAGUGUCGAGAAAAUCUUUAGUGAUUUCGAGAGGGAGCAACGAAUAGUAGCUUUUCAGCCUCCCACUCCUGAACUACCAUCCACACCAUCCCAUGUACCUCCUCGACCAGCUUCCCCACCGGCCCCUUCCCCUCCUAGAGCUCCUCCUCCUAACGAACCAUCUCCCAAGAUUUCUCCUCCUCGAGUUGCUUCUCCGCCCCGAGCUUGCUCAUCAAUAAUUGCCAAUCAUCACGAGGAAGUCUGCGACGUUCCAAUAGUCAUCAAUGAUCACGAGGAAGCCAGAGACAUUCCAUCAGUUGUCAAUCAUCACGAGGAAGUCAGCAACAUUCCAGCAGUCGUCAAUCAUCAUCGCGAGGAAGUCAGUCCAGCAGUCGUCAAUCAUCAUCACAAGGAAGUCAGCAACAUUCCAGCAGUCGUCAAUCAUCAUCGCGAGGAAGUCAGCUACGUUCCAGAACCAACAGCGAACCAUCUAUCUUCGGCCAUUAAGAUCCAAGCAACCUACAGAGGCUAUGUGGCAAGGAAAAGCUUUAGAGCAUUGAAGUGUCUGGUGCGGCUUCAAGGCAUUGUACAAGGGAAUAACGUGAGGCGACAGACUUUGAAUGCAAAGAAACAGAUGCAGCUGUUGGUUCGGGUGCAGUCUCAGAUACAAUCACGACGGAUCGAAAUGAUAGAAAACGAGAGGCAACUCCAGGAUCAUCACAACGAUAAAGAAGCUCACAGUACCUUCGAUGCAUCUGAGGGAGGUAACCAUGAAAAUUGGGAUGAAAGCUCACUAACAAAGGAGGAAAAGGAUGCCCGAUUGCAGAGGAAGGUCGAAGCCGCCAUUAAACGAGAACGAGCGAGGGCAUAUGCAUACUCCCAAUCCCACCAGAGAACUACUCCAAGGUUUGGGCAAGAUGCUCAAAUAGGUACUUGCUCCAUGGGAGUUCCUAGGUGGUUGAAAUGGUUAGAAGGCCAGUUACCUACCGAAGCUCCUCCGAAACAUCCUCUACCGAGACCUGUAACUCCACAGCUGGAGCAGAAGUCGAGCCCGCGAACUCCAUCAAGCAACAACAGACGACCGAGUUUCGGCUUAGAUGGUAGGGAUACGCCCACACCAAAGUCUACAAAAGCAACACCAUUCUCGAAUUCAAGGCCUGCUUGGUCUCCGCAUUGGUCAAGAACCCCUCCAACAGCUAGGUCAAACGUCUCCAGUGAUUCGAGAUCACGAGGCAGACGAGUAUUAACUCCUUUUGAAAUGAGGUUAAAGGAUGAUGACAGCCUUGUAAGCUGCCCUCCAUAUAUGGCACCACAUUACAUGACUCCGACGAUUUCAGCCAAAGCGAAAGUACGAGCGCAUAGCAACCCAAGGGAGAGGUUUCCAGGCACACCAAGGAGCGAAGCAUCAAGCAGGAGGCAGUCGUUUCCGCCGACUCAAGGUGUUGGAUCGUUUAGGAACAGAGGUUUGAUGUCACCGAGGACGGAGCAGGCAGCUUUAGACGACAACCAAUCUUUACGAUCAGUCGGCUUCAGCAUCGCCUCGACACCAACUGGAAAUAGAAGGAAACCAUUUAACAGAUUUGUGUGAUUUGAUUAACCCUUCUUUGUUCUUGUUCCUGUGUUUCUAAUGAUGAUUGAGUGUAUUUAUUGUUAUAUGGUUUUGUGUUGCAGAAAUACUGAUUUGUAAUAAGAAACUCAAGGUUUGGAAUUGGGAUUGGUAAUGCCUUUGGCUUUGGGCAUAUUAUGAGUGUAAUUUUGGUUCAUUUGAACUUCUCUCGAUCA